AUGCUGCGCACUAAGGAUGAUCUGCGAGUGCAGAUCCAAGCGUAUAAAGUGCCGGCCCUCUACGUCUGCUCCUCGAUUCCGCUCCUGACUUUUUCCGCCUUCCCCGGCGCCAUGAAGGUAAUCGCGCUUGCGGCUGCGUGGGUGGCAGCGUGCGCGCAGCUCGCGCACGCCGAGAUCGUCAUCGACCGCAUGUGGAGUACGACGUACGACUACUCCAAGGUGCAGGAACUCAGCAAUCCUCAGAUCAAGUUUGUCGAUGGCCAAGCCCUGGCAGCCUCUGUCAACGUGACUGCCGCCGCGUCUGUCAAGUCGCAGCAGUACGAUGCGAUUGGCAUCCAGGUCCAGGAGAACCAGCUUGCGCAGCUCGUGGACACGUUUGGCGGCGGUGUGACGGACAGUGUGGCGAUCACGCUGCAGGACUUCAAGAGCAAGCACCCCAAAGACUACGACGACCUGCUCCACCUGCUCUUCUCGCAGGACGCCGAGUGGCAUGCCAAGGGCGGUGUGGGUCUCAACACGGCACCCAAGCUGUGGCAGACGCUGCACGACAUUGUCGCCAUCCAUCCGGGCCUCAAGAUCAUCUCUGCGCCCUGGAGUGCUCCCGGCUGGAUGAAGGACGGUGCUGACGAGACGCAGCCGCUGUUCGGCGGCAGCCUCAAGGUGGGCAUGGAGGAGGUGUACGCCAACUACCUCGUCAAGGCGGUGAGCGAGAUCAAGGCGCAAGAGAAGCUCGACAUCUAUGCCCUCACGCUGCUCAACGAGCCGCAGAUUCCCGAGCUGCAGUACCCGACCAUGAAGCUCUCUGCUGCGCAAGCCAUCCAGGUGGGCAAGCUGGUGCGCACCGCGCUCAACAAGCAGGGCUUUGAAAAGGUCAAGCUGCUCACCUGGGAUCACAACUGGGACAACACCGACUAUGCGCUGCAGGUGCUCAAUGCCGAUCCUACGCAGUGGGACGGUACCGCCUGGCACGGCUACGCCGGUAAGCCGAGCUCGCAAAAGAUCGUCCACGAUGCCUACCCGGACAAGGAGACGUACUUUACCGAGUACACCGUCAUCUCGCAGUACUUUAGCGAGCCGUACAAGAACAUGAAGAACACGGCGCGCAAUCUGCUCAUUGGGUCCAUCCGCUACUAUUCGCGCAGCGUCGUGCUGUGGAAUCUGGUGCUGCGCAAGGACGAGGAUGGCUUUACCACGCCACACCUGCCCAACGUGUGCCAGAACUGCAAUGCAGCCGUGCUGCUGCUGCCGGACUCGACGGAUGCGCUGGCUGCAGCCGAUCCCAGCCACACCAAGACCGUCGCCGAGGCCGCUGGUGCGGCAAAGAAGGACAAGCGCCGUCGUAGGAGUCUCUGGCGCCGAGCUGACGACACCAAGCCCGACACCACCACGGAAGAGCUCAAGCCCCAGACUGGUUCUCCUGCUGUUGCUGGGGGUGGCGAAAAGGCGGAAGCGAUCCAGGCCAAGGACGUUGUGGACGCCAAAAAGACAGGCACCAACAGCGUCUACGAGACCGCUUUGUUCAAGCGCUCGUCGGACUACUCGGUGCUCUCUCACCUUUCCGCGGCGGUUCGACCCACAGGUGCAUCCAAGGAGUACUCGAAGCGCAUUGGAGUGAGCAGCACCGACGAGAUCACCGAGCUCGGUGGGCGACUGCUCGCCCAGGCUUUCCGUCAGGAUGGUGUCAAGCCGGGCGUGUCGCGAUUCUCGCUCAUCCUGCUCAACCAGAACGACCACUACGAGACGGACGUGUGGGAAAACGCCACCGCCGUCAUCGGCUUCCGCGGCCAGAUCGCUAAUGUCACGACGCUGCCUGGUCUCUACACGCUCUCGUGGGAGGCACCUACCGUCGACACCUCGGCUGCGGCCAAGGCCCCGCUUCCCGCCAAGGCUGAUGCACCCGCCGCAGAUGCAAAGGCCGCCUCCUAG